ACUGACCACUUCCUAACCUCAAAUUGAAAAAAUCCCAUUCCCUCAAAGUCAGUCCAACUUCGACAGUCUCCCAACAUGAACGUCCCACUCGCAAUCUUCUGUUUCGCGUCCCUGCUCAGUUCCGUGGCCAGCGGCCUCGAGUGCUACAGCUGCGAUUCGGACCGCACCGACCAGGACUGUAACGACAUCAAAACACUCCCGAAGGUGACCUGCCCGGCCCUGUCCGAAUCGUCCCCGAUUGGAAUGAGCUGCGGCUUCCAGCACAUCCAAGCUUCAUCCGGUUCCAUCGAGACAGAACGGAUCUUCCGUGGUUGUGUGGUCGCAGGGGAGUGCGACCUGCUGGGCAAACAGGCCGGACUGACCUCGCGCUACCGGCUGACGAGCUGUCAGGAGUGCGCCACGGACGCGUGCAACGAAAUGCGAACCGGAAGUGGGGCGACCGGCGGGAUGCGUGGUUCGAUGGCGAUUUUGAGCGCGGUUGUGGCGCUCGUGGUGGUGAGAGGCAGUUUGGAGUGAAAGGGUGAAAGUUAUUUUUGGUUGAAAUAAAACAUUUGACAGAACCAAAAUUU